GUCAAAUUUUUGCUUGCCAAGUGUUGGGAAACAAUUUGACAUGGUAAACUCUGAGCAAAAACCAUAAACUAAAGUAAAACUGAUUCUGACUCGAUACGAACGGCUGGCGAAGGCGAGCUUACAAUAUUUGUCUUUUGAUUGCUCGUAGAGAUAAAGAAAUUUGCGUUCGAGUCGUUAAGAUUAGGAUCUCUGAUAUAGUAAGUGGUUGAAGUGAAAUUUCGGUGAUUUGAAGUGCUUUAGUUUGAUGAAAGGUGUUGGCUGUUAGGUCCGUUCGUGAAUCAGAAUUAUCGAUUUGUUUGUGAAUAUUUUUGUUCCAUUGUGCUGUGUGACGUGAUUGCCAACUGGUGUGUGAGGAAAAUGCAUUAAAAUAGUUUAGUUUAUUGAACGGAAUUCCUUUUGAGAUAUCCGUGUGAUAAAUCUCAUUAGUAUUCAAAUCGACGAUAAGCAGGCAUCGAACAAUGCCAAGUACGCUACUGUUCGCCAACAGUAAUGAAGGUCGAGUGUACGCCUUGUCUACGGCGGGGUCUGCGUGGCGAGAAUUCCUCUACUUGGGGCUGGAAUUCAAGCGAAUUUCCGUAGUUCCGCACUUUAUGUGGGCAAUCGGUGGUGAUAGGCAAGUGUACGUCCAUGUUCAUGGUCUAGACAUCCCGAUUCGGAUCAAAGAGGAAGCCUAUGAAAAUGAACGCUGGCUUCCCAUCGAGGGAUUCUCUAGUCGAUUGUUACCAACUGAUCGGUAUCACUUCUCCAGUGUCGAUGGGACCGUCGAUAGAAAUAUCGAUAAAAUACGGUUGCCUUCCAUGGCAUGGCAGUGGGAGGGCGAAUGGCAGCUAGAUCUCAGCUUGGAUGGACAACCACUUGACCACGAUGGGUGGACAUAUGCAGUAGACUUCCCAGCAACGUACCAUCCGCAGAAAAACUGGAAGUCUUGUGUUCGACGGCGGAAAUGGGUUCGCUUUCGUAGAUAUUGCGCUCUUAACUCUUGGUGUGCUGUGGCUCCUCUACACAAAGAUCCCACGCAGGAACCGUUUAUCGAUGUGGCUAUCAAUGGAACUAAUGUUUCAGGUGCACCUCCAGGCAUAUUGCUUGUAUGGGCGGUAACCGCCCAUGGUCGAGUAAUGUUUCGAUCAGGAGUGAGCACAACUUCACCAGAAGGUCUACGAUGGACUUCUGUAACCACUCCGUCAGGUUGUGAGGUGUCACAGAUCGCUGUCGGUCCCACUGGAUUAGUUUGGGCCUGUCUCUACAAUGGAAGAGCCAUAGUACGUACUGGUAUUACGAGAGAUACCCUGAUAGGUACCACAUGGUUGGAAGUUAAACCACCUGGAACCAACCUGAGAAUUGUCCAAGUUUCCGUUGGAAUCAAUGCAGUCUGGUGUGUAACCAACGAUAAUCAUGUCUGGUUUCGAAGAGGAGUUUAUGGAGAGAAGUCUGGAGUUAGCGAAGAUGCUGCCAUCGGUAGUGGUUGGGUUGAGAUGGUGGGAAACAUUUCCUACAUCUCAGUGGCUCCGAAUGAUCAAGUGUUUGCAGUGGGAUCAGAGGAUCGCGCUCUGUACUUCAGAUCGGGUGUUUCCAGUUCAGAUCUCACGGGUAAAAAAUGGCGCUUGAUUCAGCUGCCACUCCAAAUGAGCCGAACUUCCAGCAAUUUUUCACUGUCAAGUAGACGCAGUGGAAGCGAAUCACCUUCCACCAAGCAUAGAAGCUUAAACAGUCUUUACAAAGAAAGACUACAGCAAGAAAAUGCUUCGCUUGUUGAGAACAAUGAAGAAACCUCCAGAUCCGCUCCAACUGCUAAUCCAAAGCAACGACCGGAACUGUGGCAUAAGCCGGAAAUUUCACCAGAUGCACUGUCCACCAAACUAGAAGCUCAGCAACCCGGAAGUCUAGUUGAGAAGAAAGUUACCCGGAAUCUAUCCAACGAGACGGUGGUGGCAUCGAGUGCUCCCCUGAAUGAAGUUUAUGAAAUUUCCGGGAAACAAUUGAAAAACUCACGAGCAUGGAGCCCAGUACGCAGUGUUGGUUCUGUCGUUGGUACUGAGGCUCACCCUGAGUCGGACUCCAGCGUGUUUGAAGGAGAGAGUUCUCGAGACUCUGGUGUGUUCGGCGAGUAUGAGGAUCAUGGCGGAUCACAAAACUGGGCGGAUCAUGAAGUUCAAUGGGUUGGAUGUGCUGCCGGAGCAGUUAGUGUUGAUCCGAAUCAGCUGCCGAAUUGGUUCAAUGAUAGCUGCGGCAACGCAAACCAAGAAGAACUGACACAACCCUGGCGUAUUAAGAUAUUGGAUGAUUUGAAGCAACGACCGCCUGGAUCUCUGCAGGAUAGCGACUUUGCUCUGUACGAGAAGGCUAUCGAAAUGUCAUCCUGGGUAAAAUCUGGGGAAGCUCGCGUUGCCAAAGCCGGUCAUGCUUUCGAGGAUUGUCUUAUUGAGUUGGAAUGGGUUAACAACCAAGGAUCGGGACCAGACUCAGGCACUCUGACAGUUCUGAAUUCUGAUGGAAUCACUACUAAGAUUCAAUUUUCGCUGUCGGAGAUCACAUGUGUGAUGUGUUGCAGUGAGCCUGGCUCGCCAAGACUCGCAAUCCAUGCACCACGACUUCCUCCAGGAUCGUCACCAAUCAAAAUUCAAUUUAGCGGUGAUACCGAUUUGGAAGAUUGGCUGUCCCAUUUGACGUCAGUUUGCUGCCAAAUCAACGAAGUUCACGGGAAACCUUCAACCCGAUCGAUGUGGAUAACGUCGAACAUGGGAGAUGUCUUCGUCUUUGAUCCAACUAAUCUAGAAGCAUCGCAGUGGCGCCCUGAGGGAAAAGUUUUCCAGCAAAAAAUCGAUGUGUCCGCUGCUGAAACUCCGUACUUGACUUCGUUAGAUAACGGUAUGAUUAUUGGAUCCCGUUUGGAGAUUUCUGGCUUCGUUUACGAUGACGCCGAUCAUAUCCGCUUUGAUCUACAGAGCUACCCAACAGUAAGAGUUCGUCACAAGAUGGAGUCACAGAGGAACAUACCAUUGCACAUUAAUCCACGGUUCAACGAGAAGAUCACAGUGUUCAACUCGAUGGAAUCUUCCCACUGGAAUGAGGAUGAAAAACGGGACAACCAAAUGCUCUUUACUACGGGCGCGGAGUUCAAACUGGAGAUAAGGAGUGAACGAGAUGGAUUCCAAAUCACUGUAAAUGGGAAAGAAUAUCCUAAAUUCAAGUAUCGGAGAGGACUUGCACCGGAUACCAUCUCUAGUUUGUACAGUAGCGGUCGCGUCAAGAUCUUCCAAAUUGUUUACGAAAGCCCAAAGUUGAUCAUUCCUCUCAAGGAUGUUUUCUGGCGGCAGAUCGGUGGUCACUUACGUCGCGUUCAGUCUUGUAAGGCAGGUGUCGUGUGGGGACUUGGUUACGAUAACACUGCCUGGGUGUAUACAGGAGGUUGGGGUGGGGUUUUCCUCAAAGGACUAGAGACAAGUAAUCAAGGAAUCAAUACAAUGAUUGACAUCCAUAACUACCACAUUUAUGAAAACCAACGUUGGAAUCCGCUGUCUGGAUUUUCCACAACGGGUUUACCAACGGAUCGUCACAUGUGGAGUGAUGUAACGGGAAAGCAUAAACGAAGCAAGGAACAUACUAAGUUGCUGUCGAUGCACUGGCAAUGGAUCAGUGAUUGGCUGGUGGACUUCCAUAACCCGGGCGGAGUUGACCGGGACGGUUGGCAGUACGCGGUAGAUUUUCCGGCUACAUACCACGCUAAGAAACAGUUUACGGAUUAUGUUCGUCGACGGCGUUGGUACCGUAAAUGUAGAUUGACUACCACGGGGCCUUGGCAAGAAGUUGGUAACUCUAAGAUUGUUGAUGUAACGCUACAGGCUAAUAGCAAUGAGGUGGAUUGUAGCGUUAUGGUUUGGGCUGUGGCAGCGAAUGGAGACGUACUCUAUCGAAGAGGUGUCAGUCUGUCCCAACCAGCUGGCACUGGAUGGGAGCACGUGGCUUGUGAUCAACCAUUGGUUAGUAUUAGCUGUUACGAGAAUAAGGUCUGGGCUAUUGGAAAGAAUGGAUCGGCAUACUGGCGAUGUGGAAUCUCGGUGGAAAAUCCGUUGGGCUCGAAGUGGCAACCGGUGGAACCCCCGGGAGGGGUGAUCUUCAAGCAAAUAUCCGUUGGGAAGGCCGGGAUUUGGACGGUCGAUACGACGGGACGUUUGUCGGUGAGGAAAGAAAUAACUGCAACGUUCCCAGAAGGAAGCCAUUGGCAGCUGUUAAGUAACAUUCAGAACGAUCCUCCGCAUUAUGAAGGAAAUAUAGGCUUCAAAAAUGUUUCUGUCGGCGAACAUGUGAUGGCAGUAUCCCAAUCGGGAUAUAUCUGCAAGCGAAGUGGUAUCAGCCCAGAUAAUCCUGCUGGUACUGGUUGGACCUUGGGAAUACAGGGAAACUGGCAUUAUGUAAGUGUAAAUGGGUUCUGCGACUAAAUUUUACUAUAUCCACACAUUUCCAAAGACAUAACCAUUAUUCGAAAGCGGCCAUCUCAUCCAAUAUCUCACUGUUACGAAGCUCUAUUCAAUAGUAUAGUCUUAACAUAUGUCGUAUUAUUCUACUUUUGACUGUCAAAUCUAUAUGUAUUAAUCCCACAAACCAAUGCUUAAAUAAGAUCAAAAUUGUUAUGGAUCAAUAAAUGGAGACUUAUGCGUA